AUGUCUUCCACUCCUCCAAGGAAUCUUGAGGUCUUGGAAGAAGCAUUUUUCGCACGGAUAGCCAAAUCUGCGGAGUUCUUAAACAGAAGCGUUAAACCUGUCGUUCGCCUCUGGCAAUUACUCCGAUCUCUUCUCCUGCAACGAAAUUCCUGCAAAGUAAGUUGGGCCACUUGGUGUACUGAUCAUUCGUUAGAAUUGGAAGAAGCUUCAGUCUCCGGUGAUGCGGAUAUUCUUCAAAGCCUUUUGGAACUUUUUACUACGUCUACCUGCACAUACCGAAGCUACACUGACCUCUCUUUUCACCUUGAAUCUGUUGAACUCGAAGACCUUCACGACUUCACCUUCCUCUCCAUGGAAGCAGAUUCAAUUCUUGCACGUCCCCGUAGUUCUGCAGGAUCUUUUCAACGCCACAGCAUUUCGUCUAGACGCAAUUUUUUUAAUAUGAUCGCGGAGGGUGCUGAAAAGGCGUUGAGUGCUAUCUUCACAGUGGGGGAACAAAUUCGUGGGGUAGGUGGGGAAGCGGCCAUCUUUGAGACCGACCUUCUAGCUCGGCGAACUCGGAAUGUAGCCGCUCAGUUGACUCAGCGCUAUCUCAACCGUAUGUUGAUUAUGGCCAUUGAGAGGGGCGAUUUCGCCAUAAUAAACGUGCUUUUGGACUUUGGAUUUCGUCUGCAGGCAAUCCCACGUCCCUCCAAGAGUCACCUUUCCUCGACAAUUCCCACUGCUGAUGGUAUUAAUCGAAGAGUGGAAGAGAAACGCGCAAAUCCUAUAGAAUGGUGCCUUGGAGGCCCCAGUGGAGCAAGGUGGUUGGAAGUCGCUCUACACGCCAAAGACGACACCCCUCUCCUAGCGGCGAUUCGAAGGAAUCUCCUGGCUGGUGAUGUCUUCAGUCGCCUAGUCAAGGUGGGUCCCCACUUGUUGAUGCUACCGAGCGCUGGAGGCAUCCUGCCUGUGCAUCUGAUGGCCGCUCUUGGCAGGUUUGAGAUGCUUUCUGCUCUUCUCGCCUCAAACAACGUGAGUUUGGACAUCGUUGAAGACUGCGGCUUGUCAGCCCUCCUCAUAGCGUCCUUCUACGGCCACGUUGACUGUGUUCGUGCUAUUCUUGACUACCCGAGCGUCGGAAAUGAGGAUGAAGAGGUGGAGGAGGAGGAGGUGGGGGUGGAGGAAUCUCCUGUGAUGGCAUCGUCAGCCUCAGCAUCUUUGAAGUCCAUCUCUAUGGUGGAGGCUCUUCGCAGUGUGAAUCUUCAGUGGCACUUUUUGAAAGAUGGAGCGAACUCUGUGGUACUACCUAUCCAACACAACGACAGCGGUAGUGGCGGUAGCAAAUACUUCCUCGAUGCUUCUUUCAAUGCGCUUCAUUUAGCGAUUAUAACGGGAAACACAGAACUGGUCGAGUGUCUCCUGACCUACGUGAAGGAGGCCCCAGAGGACUAUGCCGAUUGGUUGACAGAAGCCGCCGUCUCCACCAUCUGUUACCACGAUGAUGCCUCCACGAUAAAAUCAGAUUCAGUCACUGAUGAGGCUCAACCACUGGCGAAUCAGGCCUAUGCAAGUCUCCUCUGCAGUCCAGCUGGUCUGGCUUGCUGCCUAGACCAUUUGAGUGUCGAAGGACCUUUGCUCGCCAAAAAAAUGCUUUGUCUCCUCUCCACCGUUCAAACUCGAAAGGCAUCCGUCGAAAACGCCCUUCUGCAUUAUCUCUUAGAUUCUCAACGCUACAACCUAGUUGGGGGUUUGCUCUUUCAACAGCACCAUCGAACCAAUAAGACGCUGAUAGACUGGUCCAACCGUCUCUUGUGUCAACACCUCAAUGCUGAUGCUCGAGAUCCAGACAUUUUUAGCACCCUUCUCACUGAUUGGCUCUCCUGGUCAUCCCUAGAGGCUCUCACCAAACUCAAUCUCUCAAACAAUGCCAUCUCCAGAAUACCCAUGUGUUUACUCACUCAGCUACCUCAUUUACAGGACUUGGAUCUCAGUCACAAUGACAUCGUAGCGCUUCCUGAUUUUGCUUCACUGGCGUCGGUCUUCACCGCAAAUACAACCUUAGCUCCGAGUUUGACCCGCCUAGAUCUGUCAAAUAAUGCUCUCAUCACUCUUCCUCCUUGGAUUUUUGGUGUUGUGGUUGGAGCUAAUGAAGGAGGCGGAACUCCCCUUAUGCGCGAUAGAUUGGCCAGCGCAAAGAGCGGAGUUGUCAAACCUAAUGGUGGAGCUCUCGGUGGAGUGACUUUCGCGCCUCGUCUAUCCAUCCUUCGAGUGUGUAGUAAUCAAUUGCGGAGUGUGCCGCGACAAAUGUGGCUGGCCAGACAGUUGCAGUGUCUCGAUCUGAGUGCGAAUAGCCUCACUGAACUGCCGCGAGCCUCAAUUGAGGAGGUUUUGAGUGCGGCCGUGCUCCGAUCUGAAUCACCUCCUGACCCGGACGUGAACAGAGCAAGGGAUCUCUCUUGUCUGCCACACCUUCCAAAUAGUAUUCAGUUUAUCACCAUGCUAAACUGCACCAAAGAUGCUGGAAUUCCGAGCUCCGCCUCCGCCGUCAUCAUCGAUGAUCCCGGCACCGUGGGUCAUCAGAAUAGGGGUCUACUGCACCUCUGGCUCCAAGGCAACCGUCUUCCUCGCCUUCCACUCGCUGAGCCUACCUCAACUCGUCAGACGAGCGAUGAGAAAGGUUUGCAGGAUGGCGUAGGUCUGGUCCACUUGGCACCUGCUCUGACCAGCCUGGAUGUCAGUGGGAAUCGGUUGACUGGACCUUUUCCCCCUCCUGCCCUCUUUCCGCCUAAUCUUGUUCAUCUAGAUCUCUCCAACAAUCGCAUCUCGACUGUGGCGGGUGGACGAAAUGCAGGCGAUGGUGGUGAAGCAGGAGGAGGAUUCCAAACUUCAAACGUCGGGGCGCAGAAAGCUUCGGUGAUUUUGGAUGGUCAACUGAAGCACCUUUUCCACCUCAACCUUCGAGGCAACUGUAUCUCCGUUUUCAACCCAGUCUCUUCUCACGGUAAUGAGAGCGGAGGAGAAGCGCUGCUAUGGUUUCCAGAGUUGGCAAGUCUUGAUUUGUCCGGAAAUACAAAUUUAAUCAGUCUGGGAUCGGCUGUGUGUCGACUGGAGAAGCUUUCCUCCCUUGAAUUGGAUGGAUGCACAAGUUUGACCGAGCUACCUCCAGAUCUAUGGCGUCUAGGCAAGUUAAAAUCUCUGACUCUCUUCAACACACCCGCCUACGAGCGAUUGGUGCGGGAGAUCCGAGCUGGUGACGACACCGCUGUUCGCAAGAGCAGUCGACACGCCAUCAUUAAUCAGCGUCGACGUGUUGGAAAGUCACCACUCCUGUCAACUCUCACGGAUGGAGUCACCGCCGGUACUGCUAAUAACACCACGUCUCCUGCUAUGCCGAUCCUUAACACCAAGACAGUGUUGGACUACCUCAAGUCGCUGCCGCGCAGCUCAAGGCCCUACAACAAAGUUCGUUUGAUGUUAAUUGGAUCACGAGGAGUGGGCAAAACCAGUCUGCUGAAAGCCCUUCUCCGUUCAGAAGGUCAAGACGUUCAAGACGCAGAAAACUCGGCUUCCACCUCCAGUGUGACCUUGACCCCACUUAGCAUCACUCGACACUGUCCCACGGAGCGUGCGCGGAAUGAGUGGACGGAGACGGUUAACUUCACGGUCUGGGACUUCAAGAGUCCUGAAUCCGCUCAUUCAUCGUCGCCCAUCGCAGCAAUGGUGGAGGAGGUGGAAAGUGUCAUGUCAGCGGUUCAACAGUUCUCCAUGUCUCGAAGUACCAUCUACGUGGUGGUAUGGAACGCAAUGGACGCGCCAGAUGCUCUUCACGGGGUCGCAAGACAUCUUGUAGCUAUUCAGACUAGAGCAUCGAACGCACCCGUUCUGGUGGUUGCCACCCACGCUGACGCAACGACAUCGUCGGAGGUUUCGGACCUAGCUGAACGCUGCUUUAUUCGGUGUACUGACCCCGCCUCGAUGGGCCUGUCACAACAAAUCGUCGGCCACUUCCUUGUGGAUUCUCGUUACAGUACCUCUGACAAUUACAACAGAGAGGCUCUUUAUCACCUCGUCACGGCGAUUCACCACUCCGCGAACUAUCUACGGCCACCAUUUCGAAAACCAAUAAUUGGUGCGAAGUUUGAACCGGGCCGGCAAAGGCUGUUGAGUUUCCCUGUACCGCUGGUGUAUCAUGAGCUGGAGGAAGUCACGCGUGACCUUGCAAGUGAUCUUCAUCGUGUUGGCAUCCCACCGAUUGUCAGUCUGGAUGAUUACGUAACCGAGGUGAAUAGCCGUCUACAAGCAAGCAGCGGAUUUGACAGUUCCGAGGAGGUCCGUUUUGCCCUGACCUUCCUCCAUGAAAUCGGUCAUCUUCUCUAUUUUUCCAAUCUCAGUCGUGCCGUUGUUCUGGAUCCCAUUUGGCUCUGUGAUCUUCUAGUGCGACUUCUGAUCACCCCGAGCACGGCUCCUACUCGAGCUGGUGUGUUGAAGCUUUCGCGUUUAAAGGACCUUCUUGUCGUUCCUAUGGUUUCCACUGAGGCCUCUUCCGUGGACGCGGAUCGUAUAAUGCAUCGUUUCCAACAUCUGGAAAUAUCUUUCGCUCUCACCUAUCUGGUCGGGCUGUUAGCUAAGUUUGAGCUGGCAGCACCACUUGACUCUCAUCACCUUCUAGUGCCUGCUUUGCUGCCUCUUAGAAAUUCAGCAAAUAUUGUUGCUUCCAAUAGACAAAUUCGAAUUACUCCUUUGAAUCUGGUUAUGGAUAAUGAGAAAGAGGGAGAGGUGGAGCUGGAAGGACUGUUAAGGGAUUCGGAUCCCCUGAACUGUUCAGUUUUUACCCUUCCACGGGGAAAAAAGUGGGCAGCUUCGGUUUCACCAUUACAGCCGGUAUUAGCCAGCGAUCUUCAGGACCAAUUAGCCCAAUCUUCGGAACCAGUAACAAGUUCUCGUCGACAUAACAUUUUCUCGAAGUUUGCUGCCUGGCAGAACAAUCUAGUUCCACGGGGUCUCUGUUUGAGUAAACCGAAAACUGUCACUAACAGUACGACCGCAGCCACAUCGUUCUUUCAACGUAACGAUCGAACGCGUCGUCCCACCCCUCGAGGUGGCUGGCCCACCACCCUCCUACAGCCUCAGACGCCGUUAUGGAGGCUGCGUGCUGCACCGCGGGCUAAUGAGGUGUUGCGUGUCUACGCGUUAGCCUAUGUGCCCGCUGGGUUUUGGACACGACUCAUCACCCGUCUUCUCACCGACACUGAUCUCAACAAUUACGAGGAUCGUCCAAGUUAA